CGGGAGCCUGUCACUUGCAAAACAGCCAUCAACGCACAAUCAUGUCUGACAUGGCUCUAGCACUACCUCCUGGUGAGGACGAACACCCUUGACUGUAUCUACAACAAAUGUUUUCUCAGCAGCACUUUGUCCAAGCGUGUCCGACAUCGCUCUACCACCACCUCCUGAUGAGAACGAACACCCUUGGCUGUAUCUGCAAUAAAUGUUGUUUUAGUUUAUCGGAAUGAAGGAUUCAUCCUACCGGAUAACAUAGAAAGCAUGUAUACAAUCUUAAGAAGUAUAGAGAACUGACUGCAAACACACUGAAGAGAGAACAUGCCCCUAAGACUCCUUCCACCAUCAAGCAGAGCACAUUACUGAAGACAGUGUCACAAGAAUCCAUCGACAAAGCUGUGGUGAAGUAUGUGGUCCAAGGGCUCCAACCAUUCGAUGUUGUAGAACACGAACCAUAAAGAGAGUUUGUCCAUUAUCUGCAGCCUAACUCAAAUAUCUUAUCAAGGCCCCCACUGCGCUUCAGGAUUGAAGCCUCCAAGGAAAUGAAGAAGAAGGUGACUGAGGGCAUGAGAGGAGUUGACCAAAUCGCCACCACCAACUGCUGGUCUGCAAGAAGCCAGAGUUUCUUUGGUGUUGCAGCCCACACGAUAGACCCUGACAGUCUCAACACAUGCUCUGCAGCCCUGGCCUGUAAACGGUUGAGAGGAUUUCAUACCUUUGAUGUGUUGGCAGGUGCCCUAAAUGACAUCUAUUUUGAGUUUGAAAUCUGAGUUAAGAUUGUGAGAACAACAGACAACGGCUCUAACUUCUUGAAAGCUUUCCCAGUUUUUGGAGAAAAUGAAAACAACGAGGCAGUGUGUGGUGAAGCAGCUCAGCCAGGACAGGAAGAUGGUGAAGAGGAAGAAGUGGAGUUUGUUGAUGUGGCAAUGAUCCUGAAUGAAGAUGAUGGUUUUGAGUACCAGCUGCCGAAGCACCAGCUCUGUGCUUGCCACCUACUCAACUUAGUGUCUACAGUCCAUGCCCUGAAAGCAACAUCCAGUGAGGCUUACAAAAAAGUGUCCCGUUCAACAUUUGGCAAGUGCCAGCACUUUGGAACAAAUGCGGAAGAUCCACACCUGCAGCCGAAAAGGUUGAAGAUGCUAGCGACCUCCAGCUGCUGCGCCUAAAUGCUACAAGGUGGAACUCCUGGUUCAUGACUGUAGAAAGACUCCUGAGGAUCGUCAAAGACAAAGGAGAGGCGGCCGUCAGUAUACUCUGCAAAGACUUCGAGGUUCCAAUGUUCAAUCCAGCUGAACUCGCCUUCCUCACAGAGUAUACUGCCACCAUGAGCCCAGUCGCAAAGGCCAUCAACAUCCUGCAGGCUGAAACCAAUGUCCAGAUGGGGUGGCUUCUUCCAACUAUCAACCUGCUGAUCACAAAACUUGACCGACUCAAGUUGUCCCUGAAGUACUGUAAGCCUCUGGUGAAUGCACUAGAACUGGGACAGAAGAAGCGCUUCGGCCACAUGUUUCAUGACCCUGAGCUGAUACCAGCUGCAAUCCUUCUCCCCAAAUUCAAAACAACGUGGACAAAGGAUGACGCCACCAUUAGAAUGGGAAUGGACUACAUAAAGGACCACCUGGAAGAACCCUUGCUGCAGCUAGGUUAUGGCACCAGUUCAUCAGAUGAGGACGACUUCUCUGCCAUGAAAACAUCUCAAGCAUAAGAAAGCUCCAAACAGCUGGACGGAUACCUGGCCUGUUCAGCUGAUCAUAUGGAGUUGCUCAAGUCCUUCCCGGCAGUCUGUAAGCUGUCUCUGAGGUUAAACGCACCCUUACCUGUAUCAGCUGCCUGUGAAAGGCUGUUCGGCAUUGCAUGACUUGUUUUCAGCCCCAGGAGAUCAAGGUUGGAUUCCAGAAACUUUGAAAACAAUAUUUUACUGAAGAUGAACCGUAAAUUCUUCAAGUAAUGACAGCUUAACACUAGCAAGCCCACGGACACGGAUGCCUUAUGCGUUUUGUUAAUUUAUGUUUAAAAUUCACAAGUUAUAGGUGUCCUUGUUAAAGGCAUGACCUGACACACUGAUUUCUAAUACAGUUCCAUCAGUGGUGAUGUCCUCAUAUUCCUACAGUGAGGUUGUGUGUAUUUUGGAUGAGCUAAACAUUUUAUUUUUAUGUAUAGGGUUCUAUUAUAGGAUGUUUUUUUGUAAAGCAAAGUGUCAGUGAUUGUAAGUGCUUAUGUGUACUGGCUAUAUUCCUUCAUUAUUAAGGCAUAAUUCUAUUUUGUCUGUAAGAGAUGUAUUUUGAAGUGUUUCCUAUUUGAGAAUCCACUUUCCUUUUUUUUAAAUCUGAGCUCUGGCAUCCAUAAGUAAAACUGUUACCUUUAGAAAAGCUCAAAAUGAAUAAAAGGUCUGUCUUUUUUGCUUUUUGUG